AUGGCUUCACUCUUUCAGCACUUGCGGAUCCUGCUGUGGAAGAAUUGGCUGAGCGUCAAGAGACAGCCUCUUUGGUCGUUCACCUUAAUUUCCUGGCCUUUGAUUGUUUUUAUAAUCCUGGCUAUUGUCCGAAUCAAAUUUCCUCCGGAGCCUCAACCAAACUGUUACCUAGCUCCUCGGAACCUCCCCAGUGCCGGUUUCUUCCCAUUCCUACAAACCGUGCUCUGUGAUUCAGAUGCCAAGUGCAAGGACACACCGUACACACCAGAAGAUCUGUUACCAAGACUUCCUGGCAAAUCCCCUCUCAGGCGAAAGCAGAAAAGGUCACCUAACCUGGGGAAGACCAUCCAUCCAUCACUGCAGAGUGCUGAGGUUCCAAAAAGCAGGAACGCUUCACCGGCGUUAUCAGAUUCAACAGCUAACCUGAAAAGCACCUUGAAGGAUAUUUCAUCACCAUUCAACUUGACUUCCAGAAUAAACGUGCUCAACAAAAUUCUAAGUUUGGGGAAGGCGCAGACGCAGGAUUCAUCUGCGGCAAACCUCAAAAUUGUUAUCUGUGAGAUCAUGUCACCAUAUAUAACCUCUUCUGAGCUCCCAUGGGAAAGCAUGGGAGCAAACGUUCACAGGACGUUUUGUUUUACCAACGCGUCUCUCUUAGAAUCAUUUUUCCAAGCAUUCAGAAGUCAGAUAUCUCAGUUGCAGCAGGACCCUCAGUACCAGGUGACAUUUGUCGAAGAAACAGUCUCGUUCCUGUCACUCAUCUCACGAGUGCAGAAUGACACCUCUUUGUGGCAUUUCCUCUUGAUGGCCCCCGAUGUGGUCCAAGGCAGUCUGAGAAUGAAGGAUAUAUUUGCUUUUCUUCAGAACACAAGCAGUGCUCUGAUGGCAUCUCAACAGGUUUCUCCUCCAGUCAUGAGUAAUGAUGGAAUCAAAACUAUCCACAACAGGGUUUUGCGUCUUUUGUCGUUCCUGAACUGUUCAGAACAAGGCAAAAAUAACAGCUCUACAAUGGCUGAUAUUUGCAAUCUCUUCAUUACCUGGAAAGACAACCAAAGUUCAGUAUCUCAGAUGGAAGAAGUUUGGAGAAAAAUCAAAUUACCGGAGUUUGAUGGAGAAGACUUCAGAAGAGCUAUUUUCUCAAGGGAUUUAGAAACUGUACAAAAGUCCCUAUAUCUUUUAAAGGGCUUCCAACAACAUUUGAAUAGAAACAAAUCAGAAAACUUAAAUCCAUUCACAGAAUCUGUUGGGAAUGAAACCAUUCAGCGAUUGUAUGAAAUUCUGAAGUUGGGAAUGAAUAUCCUCUAUGACUAUAAGUUAAGGAAACCAUUAAAUAAAGAAACAAUUGAUGAAGUCUAUAACUUCACAUCUCUUCUACUUCAGAAAGACUUUAAUGGGACUUCUAUUUUCAAUACAGCAGCCCAUUGGAAAGAAAUUCAAAGUGCUUUUAAAUUAGCUAGUGUGAUUUGGGAUCUAGCAUUUUUAAAUAAGACUAAUUUUAAUACAGUGAAGAGAUGGGAUAUUAUCAAAAUGAAGAUAUCUCAUGGGAUUUCAUCAUUCCCUGAAGACAUUAAAAACUAUCUCUAUGCAAUGCAAAAAAUCCCAUCUUUGUAUUCAGAUUCUCUUCUUAAACCUACUAUCAAUGAAGUCUUUCAGGAGCAGCUCUUUACUUUCCAGAAAAUCUUUGCUCAUGUGAUGAAUGUGAAUAUGAUGAGUCGGUACUAUCUAUUGAGAAACGUGUUUGAACUUAUGGAGACAAUCCAAAAUUCCACUGAUGAAGAUCUGUGGAAGGAGCUGGAUGGCGAUUGGCGUACUGUUGAAAAACUAAGGUCCGCAAAAUGGAACAACACUGACAUCAUUGCAUAUCAGCAGUUUUUAGAUAUAUUGCACAACCAUUUAUACACAUUGAAUAAUGGUUCAGAUGUUCUUUUCAAUAAAGAAUUGGAUCAACUGAUAGAAUUUGCUACCUGCAUGUUACGAGAGUAUGGUGGAGAAGCCUCCAGAGUGGCCAAUAUCUCAAUGACCAUAGAAGCCAUACAAAAAACCCUGUACAUAUUAAAAGAUUUGCAGAAAAAAAUUAAUAUUAGUACUUUAGAAACUAUUGAUCUAGUCUUUAAUUUUGACAAUAAAAACACUGGUAGAUUGUUGGAAAUAUUGAGGGUAGGAAUGAAAAUCCUUUAUGACAACAGAUUGGGCGAAGCAUCCGACAAAGAAAAAAUUGAUGCUGUCUAUAAUUUCUCGCAUCUGCUACUUCAGAAAGAAUUUAACAAGACUUUCUUACAGCACAAUACUUCACUGGAAACAAAAGUGUUGGAUCUCUUGCAUUUAGUCUUGAGUCCCUUCCUCGUGGAAAAUAACAAUCGUAAUGAAAAGCCACAGAAUUGCUCUGUCCAAGACAUUCUUCACAUAAUUCUUCAGAUGUUGCUUAAAAAUAUCACACUAAGUGAGUCCCUACCGGGAAGCCAUUGCAAAUUCCUAUUUACUUCCAUGGAUAUUCAGACCAGAACAAUGGAAAAUCAAACAUUUACUGAAUUGUUUCAGCUUGCAAUAAGAAACUUAGAGCAGACUCCAGAAUUUGCUAGCAUCUUCAAAAACAAUAAUGAAUAUUUUUCAAGGGAGCUGUCGUGUAUCAUCCAGUCAUUACAAUUUUCUUCUAGUUUUCUUUCAAACUUAAAUACUGUCUCUAACUUUAAGAAUCUUUGGAUAGAAGAAAAGUAUCAAACUCUGACAGCCAUCUCUAAGGAGCUUCCCCAGAGUAAUGCAACGUGCCUAAUACCAGGCUUUCAGAAUAUGGAUAGUGUAUUUAAAUCUUAUCCCUUAAACAUUUUGAUUCCUAUUAUUUUGAAUGAAACAGACUUGAAGUCACAAAAUUUCUCUGGCAGUUCAUUAGACUGGAAUAGGUUGCCUUUGUCUACUGCCAGUCUACUGCCAACUGCUCCCCAGUGGAAUGCCAGUAUAUAUGAAUUGGUACAGAUGGUCCAAAAUGCCUCCAACCAGCCUGAAUGGAGACGUUUCUCAAGAGUCUGGAAGAGCAUUGGCAAUCUGAUGAUUACCAAAUGGAACCUGACAGAAGUGGAUUCCAGUGUGAAACUAUUGGAAAUGUUGAAAAAAGCUCUCAAUGUUGUUGACAUUGGAUUAGCUCCCAGAAAAGCAAAAGCACAUCAGUUCCUUCAUAACUCUAGCUUGGGAAUGAAACCUUCCAAUUUGGAAGAUAUAUUUAGUUUGUUAAAACUCUUCCUCAACUCAACUUCUGCCACAAACAACAAACCUGACUUGGAGAGGAUGUUUAAAAGAUUUGCUUCACCAAAUGAGAUCCCCGCUGAAAGACUUUUCUAUACUAAUCCCUAUUCAGAGAAAAUACAACGUUUUUUAAAUUUAACUAGAGUAAUUUGGUAUAAACUCAUUUUAAAUAAAGAGCUUUUAUCCCUCCAAAAACUCCUUGCUACCAUGGCAAAGGUGAACAUAACUCAGCAUUACCUAUUGAUCUCUUCCCUGCCUAAACUAAUGCAGCGUAUCCAAAAUUCCACUGACGGAGCUCAGUGGAAUGAUCUCAACAGCUAUUGGCACAUCGCUGAAAUACUGCAGUCCAUGAAAUGGAGCAGCACCAAUGUGAUUGCCUACAAGUCACUGUUAGACGCAUUGCAAAAACAUUUACGUACAGUGCAAAAUGGCUCAGGUCUCCUUUUUAGUAACGAAUUGGAGAAGUUGGUAAAACUUGCAUCCCAGGAGUAUGGCGGAGAAGACGCCAGAGAAGCCAAUGUCUCAGAAUAUUUGCAAGCAGUACAAAGGAGUAUAUUUAUUAUAAACAACUUGCAACAAAAGUUUAAUAUCAGUGAAUUGGAAACUAUUAAUCAGUGGAUGAAUUUUGACAAUAAUUCCACCCAGAGGUUGCUUGAAAUAUUCAGGGUGGGAAUGAAAAUCCUUUCUGAUGCCAGAUUGGGCGAAGCAUCCAAUAUAGAAAAACUUGAUGCUGUCUAUAAUUUCUCACACCUGCUACUUCAAAAGAAAUUUAACAAGACUUCCUUACAGCACAAUACUUUCUUAGAAGCAAAAGUGUUGGAUCUCUUGUAUUUAGCCUUGAGUCCCUUCCUGGAGGAAGGUAACAAUGACAACAAAAAGCUACAGAACUGCUCUGUCCAUGACAUUUUUUACAUAACACUUCAGAUGCUAUUUAAAAAUGCCACGCUAAGUGAGUCCUUACCAGGAAGCCUUUGCAAAUUCCUGUUUACUUCCAUGGACAUUCAGAUCAGAACAACGGAAAAUAAAUCAUUUACUGAAUUGUUUCAGCUUGCAAUAAGAAACCUAGAGCAGACUCCGGAAUUUGCUAGCAUCUUCAAGAACAAUAGUGAAUAUUUUUCAAGGGAGCUGUCGUGUAUCAUCCAGUCAUUACAGUUUUCUUCUAGUUUUCUUUCAGACUUAAAUACUGUCUCUCACUUUAAGAAUCCUUGGAUAGAAGGCAAGUAUCAAACCCUGACAGCAAUCUCUAAGGAGCUGCUCCAGAGUAAUACAACAUGCCUACCACCACCUUUUCAGAGUAUGACUAGAGUAUUUAAUUCUCAUCCUUUAAGCAGUUUUAUUGUUUUUAUUUUGAAUGAGAUGGACAUGAAUUCACAAAAUUUCUCUAGCAGCUCAGUGGAUUGGAAGAACUUGUUCAUUCUCUUCAGUGAUGUGCAGGCUGAUGUCCAGCGGAACUCCAGAGUAUAUGAACUGCUACAGAUGGUGCAAAGUGCCCCCCGCCUCUCUGAAUGGAAUAAUUUCUCCAGAGUCUGGGAAGCAGUUGACAACUUGCUAAGCACCAAAUGGAACCUGACCGAAGCGGCAGGAUAUGUGAAGCUGCUGGAAGUGAUGAAGAGGGAUCUGGCUGACAGUGAAUUAGCUUCAGGAAUAUUAGAAACUGCUCAUUAUGUUCUUAAGAAACUGAAUUCUUCUGAUCUACCAAGCUUAUUGAAAAUGGACCUCAACCCAGAGUCUGCCCCUAACAGAGCUAACUUCGAUACUGUAUUGGACAGUGUUGCUCAUCCUUUCAGUGUUAUGGCAGAAACCCUUUUCAAUAAGACCCUGACUUGGAAUGAAAGAGAACAAACCCUGUCUCCUAACAGUUUGGUUGCACAGUUUCUGUUUUUAGAAUUGGAAAACGCCAUCUUACAGGUGUCAGCCGAUAACAUUUACAAACCUUACUUGAUCUGUUUAAUGAAUGUGAGUGGAAGUCAAGACAAUGAGUUGACAGACAACAUAACACUUCUUCUGAACCACGCUCAGCUAAAAGAAGCUCCUUUCACUCAAAACGACACCUCUGAGAAACAUGCAUCUAUUCCAGAGAUCCUGCGGUUAAAAGUAAGUCUGCUUAAAAUGUUUAUCCCUAUUUUUAAGGCUCAAGCCACUCGUGUCAUUUUCAAGCUACCAUCAAGCAGUAGCAGACAGAGGAGAGCAAUUCCCAGCAGUCUCUCCCUUCCUCCACUGGUCAAUUACACCAUCCGAAUGAGCAGCAGGAUUUCCCAAACGACAAAUAGGAUCAGGGAGAGGAUCUGGACCGUGGGCCCACAUAAUUCAGCCUCGCAGAGCCAGAUCUACAGCCGAGCCUUUAUCUAUAUCCAGGACAGUAUUGAGAGAGCAAUCAUUGAGUUGCAGACUGGGAAGAGUCCAGAAGAAAUAGCUGUUCAAGUCCAGGCCACUCCCUACCCCUGCUACAAUAAGGACAUGUUCUUAAGCAGUGUGACCUACUCUCUUCCAUUUGCUCUGAUGGCUGCCUGGUCACUGUUUAUAGCUGCUUUUGUGAAAAAGCUUGUUCAAGAGAAAGAUCUAAGGCUUUAUGAGUACAUGAAGAUGAUGGGUGUCAACUCCAGCAGCCAUUUCAUUGCCUGGUUCAUUGAAAGCGCCACCUUCCUUCUAAUCACAGUCACUUUUCUCAUCAUUAUACUGAAAGUUGGCAACAUCCUGCCCAAAAUCAAUGUGGUGAUCCUGUUCCUGUACCUCAUGGACUACAGCUUCUCCAUCAUAGCCAUGUGCUACCUCAUCAGUGUCUUCUUCAACAACACCAACAUUGCCGCCUUGGUUGGCAGCCUUAUCUACAGCCUCACCUUUUCUCCCUUCAUUGUGCUGCUGGUAAUUGAGAAUCAUUUGAGCUUCUCAGUGAAGAGUCUGCUGAGCCUGUUGUCCCCAACUGCAUUCAGUUAUGCAAGUCAGUACAUUGCUCGUUAUGAGGAACAGGGCAUAGGCCUGCAAUGGGACAAUAUGUAUAGCUCACCAAUGACUGGCGACAAUACUUCUUUUGGCUGGAUGUGCUGGCUAAUUCUGAUAGACUCUUUCAUCUAUUUCAUUCUGGGCUGGUACAUUAGGAACGUUUUCCCAGGAAAAUAUGGCAUGGCUGCCCCAUGGUAUUUCCCAUUGCUCCCGUCCUACUGGGCCGAACGCUACGGUUACAUACCAUUAUGGAAUGAGAAAAGAUGCAGUCUCCUCUUCACCAAACUCUUGCUAAGAAAAGAGGCUGCAUUCACCAAUAAGAUGUAUGUCAAAAGUGCCCUUCCUCCUAACCUCGAGCCUGAACCCCCCAACCUCACCGUGGGAGUCUCUCUUCAUGGAAUAACAAAGACCUAUGGCUCCAAAGAUGCAGUUGAGAACCUCAGCCUGAACUUCUAUGAAGAAAACAUCACCUCCUUGCUGGGGCACAAUGGAGCUGGAAAAACAACGACAAUAUCUAUUUUGACAGGGCUGUUUCCUGCAUCAUCAGGCACGAUAUUUGUUUAUGGCAAAGAUAUCAGGACCGAUCAGGACCUCAUCAGGAAGAACAUGGGUGUCUGUAUGCAGCACAACGUGCUAUUUAGUUACCUCACUGCCAAGGAACAUUUGCUGCUCUAUGGCUACAUCAAAGUCCCACACUGGAGUGAGCAGGAGCUGGAUGAGGAAGUGAAAAGGACUCUGAAGGAUACUGGCUUGUACAACCAUCGUCACAAACUAACUGGCUCCCUGUCAGGAGGGAUGAAAAGAAAGCUGUCUAUAGCUAUAGCUUUCCUUGGUGGAUCAAGGGUCGUGAUCUUGGAUGAACCAACCACUGGUGUGGAUCCAUGCUCUCGGAGGAGUAUUUGGGAGAUUAUAUCAAAAAAUAAAAAAGGCCGAACAAUUAUUCUCUCUACCCAUCACUUGGAUGAAGCGGAAGUUUUGAGUGACCGAAUUGCGUUCUUGGAACAUGGAGGACUCAAAUGCUGUGGGUCUCCAUUCUAUCUCAAAGAAACGUUCGGUGAUGGAUACCACCUGACUCUCACUAAGAAGAAGUGUCCAAACCAGACCCUGACAGAGGAGUAUGACACCUCAGCAGUGACCUCCCUGAUCCAGUCACACCUCCCAGAAGCUUAUCUCAAGGAAGAUGUUGGUGGAGAGCUUGUGUAUGUACUGCCGCCAUUCAACUCCAGAGUCUCUGGAGCGUAUCAAUCUCUUCUGAGGGCUCUAGAUACCGGCUUGAGUGAUCUCCACAUUGGCUGCUAUGGCAUUUCCGAUACCACCGUGGAAGAGGUAUUUCUUAACCUGACUAAAGACCUGGAGAAAGACAAACAGCAUGAUCCUGGAUUGUCCCAACAGGUGCCUGGGCCCAGUGGACUAAUGGACAGCAAGGAGAUGUCUCUGAGCACUGAUAGCUUCACUGAAAGAGAUGACCAAGCCCUGGUCAGAUCAAAAAGGGUGACCGGUUUGCCACUGCUGCUCAAGAAGACAACGGCUGUUUUCAUUAAGAGGUUCCACCACACACGACGGAACUUGAAAGGCUUUUUUACUCAGGGCAUCCUACCCGUGAUCUUUGUGACGGUAGCCAUGGGCCUCAGCACAUUGAGAACUGAGGUGGCUGAAUAUCCAGAACUCCACCUUUCUCCCUCCCUGUAUGGUUCCUCAGGGCAGGCAGAUUUCUUUGGGAACUUUAAUGAGACCACAGAUGCUUUAGUUGCUUCGAUGCUUUCUUUCCCUGGAACAGAUAACACAUGCUUGAAUGAAAGCAAUUCGGUGUGUUUGAACGACAGCAUGCUUGGCCAGUGGGUAUUCCAUGGAAACCAGAGUACUAGAUAUUCUGCGUGCAACUGCACAGACAGCAGCCAGACGUGUCCAAAGAUUGACUUCUCUCCACCUCACAAAAGAACUUUUUCCUCUCGGAUGAUUUAUAAUCUUACUGGGCAUGAUGUGGAAACGUACCUUCUAGCAACUGCCAAGGAUUUCCUCCAGAAAAGAUAUGGCGGCUGGAGCUUUGGGUUGCCUUUGACUACUGACCUCAAGUUUGAUAUACGCCCAGUGCCUGCAGACAGAACACUAACUAAGGUGUGGUAUAAUCCAGAGGGGUAUCACAGCCUUCCAGCCUACCUCAACAGCCUCAACAACUUCAUUCUUAGAGCGAACAUGCCGAAAAAUGAGUCUUCCAAAUACGGUAUUUCCGUUGUGAGUCAUCCCUACCCCGGAGGACAGAGUAAAGAACAAGUCAUGCUCAGUAGCUUGCUUGAUAUCCUAGUCUCAAUGUCUGUCCUGAUUGGCUACUCCAUCACAACAGCCAGCUUUGUGCUUUAUGUGGUAAAAGAACAUCAAACCAAAGCUAAGCAACUGCAGCAUAUUUCAGGCAUCGGUGUGACGAGCUAUUGGGUGACUAACUUCAUCUACGACCUGGUUCUUUUUAUGGUCCCGGUUGCCCUCUCAAUAGGAGUUAUUUCAGCUUUCCAAAUACCUGCUUUCUUCAACGAUAAUAACCUAGUGGCUGUAUUUCUUUUGAUGAUGAUGUUCGGAUACGCAACGUUUUCAUGGAUGUACUUGCUGGCUGGGAUCUUCAAGGAAACAGGAAUGGCCUUCAUAGUUUAUGUCAGCCUCAACUUGUCCUUUAGCAUUAAUACCAUCAUUACUCACUCGGUUGUGUUUCUACUUUCCCAAGAAAAGGCUACUGAUCAGGGCUUGUAUGAUCUCUCUGAAAUCUUGAGGCACGUUUUCCUGAUCUCUCCACAAUUCUGCUUUGGAUAUGGCUUGAUUGAGCUGUCUCAGCACCAGGCGCUGAUGGGCUUCUUAAAAGCCUACGGAGUGGAUUACCCUGACAGAACCUUUGAGAUGGACAGAAUAAGCUCCAAGCUGCUUGGCAUGUUUAUUCAGGGCACUAUAUUCUUUGCAAUUCGGCUCUUAAUGCAUGAUGGGAUGAUUCAGAAAGUCUGGUCUAGUAUAUUAGAAUUCCUGUUCGACAAAGUGCAUGGCAGGCCACCGCGUCUGUUGGAGGCAGCUGAUGAAGACAAAGAUGUUCAGGCUGAGAGGGAGCGGGUUGAGUCUGGCCAAGCAGAUGUCGACAUGGUACAACUCCAGAGCCUCACCAAGAUCUACCAUCUUCCUCUCAGAAGGAUCAUGGCAGUCAAAAAUGUCAGCAUUGGAAUCCCAGCAGGAGAGUGCUUCGGGCUGCUUGGCGUGAAUGGCGCUGGAAAGACAACUAUCUUUAAAAUGCUAACUGGAGACAUCGGGGCUACCAGUGGAAGAUUGAGAGUCCGGGAUCAAACUGGAUCCCUGAGUGACAUUGAUGACACCCACUGGUCGCUCUUUGGCUACUGCCCUCAAGAAGAUGCCUUGGAUGACUUGCUGACGGUGGAAGAGCACAUGUACUACUAUGCUCGGCUACACGGCAUCCCAGAGAAAGAGAUUAAAGGAAUUGUACGUCAGCUUCUUCAUAGACUUAAUCUGAUGCCAUACAAAGACAGAGUCACCUCGAUGUGCAGCUAUGGCACUAAUAGAAAGUUAUCAACUGCUCUGGCCCUCAUUGGUAAUCCAUCAAUUCUAUUGCUGGAUGAACCAAGCUCUGGAAUGGAUCCUAAUGCUAAACGACACCUUUGGAAAAUCAUCUCUGAGGAAGUACAGAACCAAUGUUCAGUGAUACUCACUUCCCACAGCAUGGAAGAAUGUGAAGCUCUCUGUACCAGGCUGGCUAUUAUGGUGAAUGGACGUUUCCAGUGCCUUGGCUCUUUGCAGCAUAUUAAGAGCAGGUUUGGAAGAGGAUUCACCGUGAAAAUGCACUUGAUGAGCAGCGCAGUCAGCACAGAGGCUCUGACGGAGUUAAUGCAGUCCCACUUUCCAAAUACAUGCCUGAAGGACCGGCAUCUCAAUACGGUAGAAUAUCAUGUGCCCAUCUCCGCAGGAGGAGUAGCAAACAUAUUUGAUCUUCUGGAAACCAACAAAAUAGCCUUCAAAAUUAGGCACUUCUCAGUGAGUCAAACCACUCUAGAGGAGGUUUUCAUCAACUUUGCCAAAGAUCAGACUGGGGCUGACAAUGCAGAUGCGAGUACAGAUGUAGGCUCAGACUGCUCGGAUACAAGUAGCCAAGAUACCAACAUAAAUGCCAUCUGUUAAAGGGAUAUUGCGGUGUUUAAAAAAAAUCAUAUUUUUCUAAACAAUGUUUUUUUUUUUUUACUUGUUUUGUUAUUAGCAACCUGGUAAACAUGUAAAACUGGCAUAUCAGAUUGGUCUUGCCCUAGUCGUACAGUUCUUAUUCUAGGUUUAUUUUAUAUCUAUAUUGCAAAAGUGGUGACAUCUCCUGAUACUUGCUGUUCAAAUACUCUGGAAGCUCUUCGCCAUUGGCUGUCACCAAGAAGACCAGUGGGUGAUAGAGUGGAACAGUUGCUCUGGAGUCAGGGACAAAAGUGAGAAGGAGGACGGGACAGUCGUUCGGAUGCUAGCUGGGCUCUCAGGAAACCCGGGGUUCAAUUUCCUGCUUUGCCACAGAUUUCCUGUGGGACCUUGAGCAAAUCACUUGAAAUGUCAGUCAAAUGGAGGGAUAACAACACUUCCCUGCUCCCCAGAGGUGUUGUGAAUCUAGAUACAUCAAAGGUGGUGAUACUCCAGGAAUGGGGUCCAUCUUAGAUAACUACGUAAAGCUUUUCUCUGUGUGUGGAUUA